UAUGUGCCAGCACCGGCAGGUAUGUAAGUAGUUUCGUACCGUACUUCAGUAAAAAACAGUACGGUAAUUUUCUCCAUGUUUCUUCAAGGCGCACAUCCAACGAUCCCCAAAAUCGUCCUACUUACAUCCCACUGGCGAAUGAAAGUUCAACGUUUCAACGGUUUGUGGGCUUAUGACAUACUUAAAUCUAAGUUCUAAAUGUGGCACAAUCGUGAUUGCGUCAAGCAUAUUAAUCAGUUUUACACAUACUGGCCGAUUCGAAGAAAGUUCCCCAGAGGUGCUUCAUCGAUCGCUCAUUCACAAAAUAAAAUUCUACUAUCGAUCGCUCCCUCCAGAAAAUUUGCGUUGCCGACCAACACUUUUUACACCUCUUGUCAACGUCUUUCUUCCAUCAUAACUCAAUACAGCGUUCUUUGAAAUAGCUAGUUAGUUCACAUCCUACCCACUUUGUGAACGAGAUCUUUCAACUAAAGAUAUACUCGGGAAAUGAAGUUCAUUUUAACCACGGCUUUCCUUGCCUCUUUGGCGCUCGGACAGAACAACCAUGCCUCCAACAAAGAUGCGGAGGAUUUUGCUUACUGGAGAGAUUUAGUCGACGCUGUUGACAGUAUGCCACCGACAUCAGCCCCGACGAAGUCCCCCGUCACCCCCACAGAUGCACCAGUUACACCUACGGAUACCCCGGUUGCUGCUGUUACUGAUGCACCUACGGAUGCACCUGUCACCCCAACGGAUGCACCUGUUGCUCCCACGGAUGCACCGGUUGCUCCCACGGAUACGCCAGUUGCUGUUGUUACGGAUGCACCGGUUGCUCCCACGGAUACGCCAGUUGCUGUUGUUACGGAUGCACCGGUUGCACCCACCGAAGCACCUGUCACUUCAACGGUAGCUCCAACGGUAGCUCCAACGAUAGCUCCAUCCGUAUCUUGCAAAACUAUUGGUAAGUAUUGAGCGAGGAAUAUUGGUGCACCUCUUAGAAUUAAAUAAUUUUGUUUUGUUACCGUUCUCAUUCAUUCAAAUCUUUGCUUUGAACUUCACAGCUGAGGUUAUCACCACCACACCUGAAUUUGCAACGCUUACAACAUUGGUGGAAGGAGCUGGAAUUUUGGAUAAUUUUGAACAAGGCACUUUAACUUUAUUUGCUCCGACGAACGAUGCAAUCGCAGCGUUACCCUCAGAAUUAGUUGACACCAUUCUUGAAGACAAAGAACUUCUCGAAUUAGUCCUUUUGGGACAUGUUGUUCGAAGGCAACAAAUUAUGGUUGAAAAUCUUGAGUGUGAAGGUGGGCCGAUUUCUUCGUUGACAAUGGCAAAUGGUGCUGAGACUACAAUCACGUGCGGCAUGUCACUUGAUCCUGAAGGUAACGAAGUCAUCGAUACAUUCAUCGAGGAUAAUGGAGUUCCUGGGAAAAUUGUUGGACCAGAUGGUAUGGCAUGUAAUGGUGUAAUCCAAGCAAUUGAUGCGGUAAUUAUUCCGGACAUUCAAACAACUGAAGCCCCGGUUGCGCCAAUUCCAAAACCUACUCCUGCUCCAGUUACUCUUCCAACUAUUGCACCAAUUGCCCCAACCAUUGCACCAGUUGCCCCAACUGACGCUCCAGUAUCUGGUACGCAAGCCAAACUUUCUACGUUCGCCCUUAGUAAUGGAGCUGAAUUCGAAGACACCACAAGUUACCAGUACAAGGCCCUCAAACAAACGGAAUCUCAAAUUGGUGUUGAUUCUUUCACAGAUGCGAAGCUUGUACAGUAUUACGCACUAUACUGUAUCUUUUUUGCGACAAAUGGGGUGCCUAAUGUGAUUACAGAUGCUGAUCCUCGUUUUGAAGGUAUUCCUUUCCCGAAUUGGUUGAUUACAACCGGAUGGGAAGCAACAGACAUAGACCCCUGUGAUUGGUAUGGUAUUAUCUGCGACGCCGAAUCGAGAGUUAGUAUCAUCGAUUUGUUUGAGAACUUGUUAACUGGAUCUUUUCCACCGGAGGUAGUACUUUUAUCUCUAGAUGGUCCUUUCUCGACUGGAGCAGGAAAUUUGUUCCGCAUCGAUCUUUUCAGAAAUGAAUUCCUUUACAACAAUGCCGAUAGUUCAUGGAUGACAGAUCUGGGUUCCAAUAUGAGUAAGUGUGGUCACGAACAAUUCAGAUACUCAAGAAACCUCAAUUGUUUAUGUACAGUGAAUCUAACACAAUCGAGUCAUUUACAAUCAAAUUCUCGAUUAAAUUUUUCAGCUACCAUCAUCGCCGAGGAGACCGCCUUCAGUGGUGAUAUUCCCCGUCUUCCAGAGAAUCUUGUCAACUUUGACAUUUCAUUCUCAUACUUUACAGGAGGCCUCAUCGAUACCAAUUUCGAAAGCCUCCAAGAGCUGGCAUUUAUUGAUCUUGAUGGAAAUGCAUUCAACAGCACUAUUCCAGCUGUUUUCGGUAGACUCCCCAGUCUUGAAUUCUU